CUACUACGCUCAUGCCACUACAGAUCUUCAUUUACUUGUACAAAGAAAACCGUGUCUACAAAGGCACUAUCUUUGUGGAAGUUGCAGACAAUGGUGUAUGUGCUCGUGUAAAGGAAACAUUGGCUGCCAAAAAGCAGAUCCCUGAGGAGAGUAUAUUACUGUGGAAGCCAUGCGCACAUCUAAAUUCGAGCGGUGGAGGUUCUGCUGACCUGCGGGACCGUCUGCUGGAUAACGAUUGUCGACUGGACAGAUUUUGUGACCAACUAAUAGACACAGAGUUAGUCGGCGAUAUUUUUCCCACGAGUGAUAACCACCAUAAGGCGGCACCGUUUACUCUCGUUGCUGAGGUUAUACCUAUGGAACGAACUGCGACAUUGCCAGAAAAUAUGAAAGGCGAACUCGCAGAGCAACGUGAUGUCCUUGGGGCGCUGGGUAAAAAGCUUGACAUCGCCGUCAAAAAUGUACUUGGUAGCAUGGCUCCAUCUGAAAACGCUAAAUCAACCAACUACUUCGACCACCAAGGUGGCGUGACACCGAUCCUCGACGGUCGCUAUGGUCUCCGGCGGACACCAAUUCCUCCUCCAAUUGAGCUCUAUAAUUGCGUCUUUGCUUCCUUCCAAGCUUACAUUCGCGACGAGUCCUUGAACAUUCCAGCUCAGGUCGUCCAACUCACAGCAGAGGUCAUGAGGACUGUCUCUCAAAUAUCGCCCGAUGAGUCUGCGCGUCAGAGCCCUACUAGGAAUAUUUUAUCAAAACUGCUCAACAGUCCAGUUUUCCAAAAUAUCGACCCCAAUAAUAUGAAUUCAGCCUACAUCUUGCAGUUCCAACGUAGAUCCCCUCCCAUAGUGGCUGCUGGUGUCAUAUGUGAAGAAAAGGCAGAACUGGGCUGGGAUGGCGAAGGUUCCGUUCAAGGCUCUUUUUCGUACGCUCAGUACUGGACACAGAAAGACAUCCAACGCGAACAUAUUUUCAAAGCAUGCUGCUGCCCAUCUUUCAUUAUAUCCAUUGCAGGACCUUGGAUCGUCAUCCUAGGCGCCGUCUUCCGGACUCUUCCGAUUGUCCAGCGUUUGACCGACUAUCUGUGGCUUGGCAAUAGCCGUGCUAAUGACGACGAUCAUGCUCUUCGCCUCGCUCGCGUCUUCCAGUCUGUGAGAUUGGCCAUCGACAACCUUGAGAAGUACUACCAGGAGCUUGAGCUCACAGAUUCUCCUUCUAUACAGCCCACUCGCUUCUUCCCCGACGUAACCGAAUACGACGACGGAACGAACGUCGUCGGAUUCCAAUACCUGCAGCCCUUGGAAAUAGAUGAGACGUGCAUGACGUUUCUGGCGCAGAUCGACGAGGCGCAUGGAGAGGAGCAGGUUGUCGUGAAGUUCGUUCAGCGAUACGGUGCCGAGGCCCACCGGCUAUUAGCGAGUAAAGGGAAGGCGCCAGCACCAAAGUAUUGCGGUCCGAUUUCCAACAAUAGCAAGUACUGGUAUGGCUCCCUUCAAAUGGUCGUAAUGGAGUUCCUCCCCGGCCAGACGGUGGCACAAAAGUAUGAAGGGAGCAUUCCGGAGACGCUGCGCGAAGCGGUUCGAGGUGCCGUUCGGAUUCUUCACGAUCAGUCAUUCGUUCAUGGCGACAUUCGCACGCCAAAUAUUGUGAUCGUUGAUGGUGCGGGAGAUGAAGGGGAGAGGAUGAGGAUCGUUGAUUUUGACUGGGCCGGUGAGCAAGGUGAAGUCAGGUAUCCGCUGCAUCUCAGCGACUAUAUACGGAGCACAUGCGGUGUCAAGGACUAUGAUAUUAUUACAUUUCAGCAUGACAUGCAGAUGGUAGAUGCGCUAUAGUCAUCCCUGUA